AAGCCCGCCCUCUCUAGACACAGUUUGGGAAACGGAGCAAAAUCAACUGCAAAACUCGGUUUUACAGCGCGAAACUUCGAAAAGUUGCAAGAUUGACCCCAUGUAAGUGAUACACAAGAGAACCGAUGAAGACAACGUAGGACAGACUUGUGACAAUGAGCAAUAACGACAGGGGAGGAAGCCAAGGUAGGGGGCGUGGCUGGCAGAGGGGACAGGGGAGGGGGCAAGGCAGAGGUGGUACCUACCGAGGCAGAGGACGAGGUGGUGGAUGGAGGGGUUAUAAUGGAAACAGAGGUGGAAGAAACUCCAACUAUUCCACAAAUCGUGGGCCCACCAGCUCCACCCGACACGCUGAUGCUUCCAUAGUUGAGGCUCUUACUCCUUACAAGGGCUGGAGAUACUACUUCAAAGAUGAGGGUUACAGUGAGCAUUCACCAACUGUUGCGAAGGUCAAGGCCUUUGAGAAGUUCUUUAAAUCAAGAAUGAAGGCCUAUGACAAGGAUGAGAUUGAGAGAAAAGGCAGCAUCACCGUAGAUUACAAAGAGCUGAUUGAAGACGAUGAUGUGAGCGAGACGUUACCUGAUCUGAGGACGGACAUCAAAGACCUUCCUGAGAAGACCCUGAACUGCCUUGGAUUAUCCAUACACCAGACACUGACCCGCGAUCUGGAGCAUCAGGCAACCAUGCUCCAACAGCAAGCUACGGGAGAGACAGGACAGCAGGAGGUGGAAGUCCCCUCAAUCCUCGUCAGUGUACCAAUCAUAAGGGCAAGAUUAGUCAAUUAUGAACCAGUCACGCCGCUCAAGAACCUCAAAGCAAAUUACUACGGCAAGUUUGUCACAGUAAGAGGAACUGUUGUCAGAGUGAGCAACAUUAAACCUUUCUGCACUAAGAUGGCGUUUCAGUGCAAUAUGUGUGGAGACAUACAGAUCGUUAAUUUACCCGAGGGGAAAUAUACUUUGCCGACAAAGUGUCUUGCCCCGGGUUGUCGUGGUCGGUCCUUCGCUCCCAAGCAGAGCUCACCCCUGACUGAGACAGUGGACUGGCAAAUGAUAAAAGUACAGGAGAUCAUGAUGGAUGGGCAGAGGGAAUCAGGACGCAUCCCUCGCACCGUGGAGUGUGAACUCACCUGUGAUCUAGUUGACUGCUGUGUUCCUGGAGAUGUGGUCACCAUCGGGGGAGUUGUCAAAGUGUCAAAUAUUGAUGAAGGGCACGGACGUAACAAAGACAAGUGCAUGUUCCUGCUGUACCUGCACGCCAACUCGGUCCAAAACCAGAAGCGUGGCAAGAAGGCUGCUUCGGCUGGUGAAGGCUCCCCCUCUCGCACGGGAAUAGCCAUGGACUUCACCUUGAAGGAGCUGUAUGCCAUUCAGGAGAUACAGGAUCAGAAGAACCUGUUCCGUCUCAUCGUUGGGUCCCUAUGUCCAGCCAUCUACGGUCAUGAAAUGGUCAAGGCGGGUCUGAUCUUGGGCUUGUUUGGAGGAACUCAUAGGUUUGUCAAUGACAAGAACCGUAUACCAGUACGUGGAGAUCCACAUAUUCUUGUGGUCGGUGACCCUGGACUUGGCAAAAGUCAGAUGCUACAGGCAGCAUCUAACGUGGCUCCACGAGGCGUGUAUGUCUGUGGUAACACUACCACCACCUCUGGCUUAACGGUCACCUUAUCCAAAGAAGGAGGGUCUGGGGACUACGCACUGGAGGCUGGUGCCUUGGUGCUUGGAGAUCAAGGUUGCUGUUGUAUCGAUGAGUUUGAUAAGAUGGGCAAUCAGCACCAGGCUCUACUAGAAGCUAUGGAACAGCAAAGUAUCAGCAUUGCCAAAGCUGGUGUGGUGUGCAGCCUUCCUGCAAGAACCUCCAUCUUGGCUGCUGCCAAUCCAGUGGGGGGACACUACAACAAAGCCAAGACAGUGUCUGAAAAUCUCAAGAUGGGCAGUGCACUCUUGUCUAGGUUUGAUCUGGUCUUCAUUCUCCUGGACAAACCUGAUGAGGAGAUGGAUUCUAUGUUAUCGGAGCAUGUCAUGGCCCUCCAUGCAGGCAAGAAAAGAGCUACAGAAGGCGCCCAUUCAUCAAUGGACGCUCAGGCCACCGAUCCAGAACAAACCCAAGCCCUGAGGCUGUGGGAAUCAGACAGGCCUAUAUCGGAGCGUCUCAAGGUUGGCCGGGGUGAAGCCUUCGAUCCGGUCCCACCCCAGCUGAUCAGGAAGUACAUCGCCUACGCUAGGAAGUACGUCCACCCAAAACUGAGCAGUGAGGCCGCCACUGUGCUACAGAACUUCUACCUUGAGCUGAGAAGGCAACACAAGGGACGAGACAGCACCCCAAUCACCACCAGACAACUGGAAUCACUCGUCAGACUGACUGAAGCCAGGGCAAGACUAGAACUCAGGGAGAAGGCAGAACAACAAGAUGCCGAGGAUGUAGUAGAACUCAUGAAGUUCAGUAUGAUUGACACUUAUUCAGACGAGUUUGGGUUUCUGGACUUCCAGCGAUCACAGCACGGCUCUGGCAUGAGUAGCCGCUCCAAGGCCAAACGCUUCAUCGCCGUGUUGAAUAGGGUGGCUGAACAAACCUACAACUCGCUGUUCUCAGUGCAGCAGAUGAGAGACAUAGCAAGGGACGCCAACAUCAGCAUGCCUGACUUUGAAGGCUUCGUCGCCUCUCUCAACAACCAGAACUACCUGCUGAAGAAGGGCCCCAGGGUCUAUCAGCUGCAGACGGCCUCGUGUUGAUGGAGGUGAAUCUUUCCUCAUGUUUUGAAUCUUCCUUCAAGGAACACAGCUCACAAUGCACCACACUUGUACAUGCGUUUCCAACUUGGAACAAGCUGUUUUUUGCAGCACCCUAUUUCAUGAAACUCAUCGUAACUUACGAUGCAUAGCAGCGUCUUAUCCCUACGAUGCGUCGCAGCUGCGACGUGUU